CAAAUGGAUGUGUGAACUAAGCUUCAAGUCGCAUUGCACGUUCUUUUAUCGCGAGUAAGGAUGGCGGACGCAAAGAAGAAAGAUGUUGUUACCCCAGGAAAAAAAUUACCAGUGGUUCCUGAGUCCGUCUUGAAAAGAAGGAAACGCCGUGUACAGGCUAAAGCCGUUCGUGUACAGGCAUCCAUCAAGCAACGUGCUGCGCAUUAUUUGAAGAGAAAACAAAUCUUCAAACGUGCUGAACAGUAUGUCAAAGAGUACCGAAUGAAGGAACGAGAUGAAGUAAGAAUGAAAAGACAAGCCAAAAACCGUGGAAAUUACUACAUUCCUGGUGAAGCACGUUUGGCUUUAGUAAUUCGUAUUCGGGGUGUGAAUCAAAUUGCCCCUAAACCCCGUAAGAUCCUCCAGUUAUUGAGAUUGAAACAGAUCAACAACGCUGUAUUCAUCCGAUUGAACAAAGCGACAAUUAAUAUGUUACGUAUUGUGGAGCCCUACAUCACCUGGGGAUACCCCAACUUGAAAUCAGUACGUGAAUUAAUUUACAAACGAGGAUUCGCUAAAAUUGAUCGUCAACGUAUCCCAAUCACUAGCAACGAAAUCAUUGAGAAGAAAUUGGGCCGCUCCGACAUUAUCUGUGUUGAAGAUUUGAUUCACGAAAUCUUCACAGUUGGAGCCAAAUUCAAGUAUGCCAGCAACUUCUUGUGGCCAUUCAAGCUUAACACACCAACUGGAGGAUGGCGUAAGAAGACCAACCACUAUGUUGAAGGUGGUGACUUUGGUAAUCGUGAAGACAAAAUUAAUGAAUUGCUAAGGCGAAUGGUUUAAAUUUUUAAUAAACACAUGAAAAAUAAACCCAUCUUGUUCCUUGAUAAAA